AUGGCCACCAUGCGCGCAGUCGACAUCAAGGGUGGGAAGGGCCCCAUCUCCGCCCUCUUCAUCAACCCGGACAUCCCCAAGCCGGUGCCCAAGGGCAGCCAGGCGCUCGUGAAAGUCAAGGCCUUUGGUCUCAACCGUAUGGACCUCUUCCAGCGCGAGGGGGGCUAUCCCUUACCACCGCAGGCCGGCCCGAUCAUGGGUGUCGAAUUCUCCGGCACCAUCGAGUCCUUCGGUUGUGAGCCCGAGCGGGGCUUCAACGUCGGCGACGAGGUCUUUGGCCUGGCUUACGGUGGCGCCUAUGCCGAGUACAUCGCCGUCAGCACGCACAUGCUGGUGCACAAGCCCAAGGAACUCAGCUGGGAGGAGGCCGCGGGCAUCCCCGAGACGUGGAUCACGGCGACCCAGGCGCUGUACUUGGUGGGUGAAUUCAAGCCGGGCAUGUCGGUGCUGUGGCACGCCGGGGCGUCGAGCGUGUCGAUCGCGGGCAUCCAGCUCUCCAAGGCGGACAACGCGUCGGCCAUCUACGUGACGGCCAGCUCGCGCGAGAAGAUCGACUUCUGCAAGUCGCUGGGCGCGACCGAGGGCUUCUCGUACAAGGAAGGCGACUGGGCGCAGGCGCUGCUCAAGUACACGGACGGCAAGGGCGCGGACCUGAUCGUCGACUUCAUCGGCGCCGGCUACUUUGACCAGAACCUCGACGCGGCGGCGCGCGACGGCCACAUCGUCAAUCUGGGCAACCUGGGCGGCAACGUGGUGCAGAAGCCCGUCGACGUGUCGCGCUUCCUGCGCAAGCGCCUCCGCUUCGAGGGCUCCAGCCUGCGCAGCCGCGACGAGAACUACCAGGGCCGCCUGCGCGACAUGCUCGUCGAGCACGCCCUCCCGCGCUUCAUCGACGGCCGCUUCAAGGUCAUCAUCGAAAAGGUCUUCAAGAUGGAGGAGAUCCAAGAGGCGCACAAGAUGCUCGAGGCCAACGUGACCAUGGGCAAGCUGAUCUGUACCGUGUAUUGA